UUUUGGAACGUAAACAUGACACUGGGACUGGUGAUUCUCCUGGUAGUCCUACUGGUCACCGCCUAUGUGGCCCUACACAAUCAUUACUCCUACUGGCGGCGAAUAGGAAUCAGUGAGAUUAAGCCCAAGUGGAUAGUGGGUAACUUGUGGGGACUGCUCAACUUGCAGAAGAGUCCCGCGGAGUUCAUAUUCCAGCUGUAUAACCAUCCCGAGGCGGAGAACGAACCCUUCGUGGGCAUUCAUGUGUUCCAUAAGCCGGCUUUGCUUUUGAGGGACCCCGAAUUGGUCAGGAAUAUCAUGGUCAAAGAUUUUUCGGGGUUCUCCAAUCGGUAUUCGAACUCCGAUCAUAAGGGUGAUCCAUUAGGGUCACAAAAUAUCUUCUUUCUAAAGAAUCCCGCCUGGAAGGAGGUUCGUCUGAAGCUUUCGCCCUUCUUCACCGGAAAUCGACUGAAGCACAUGUUCCCGCUCAUCGAGGAGGUGGGCGCCAGCUUGGAUGCCCAUCUUCGCCAGCAACCGCUGCACAAUGAGCGGAUACGCUGCUUCGAUUUGGAAGCCAAGGAGCUGUGUGCCUUGUUCACCACGGAUGUUAUAGCCACCGUGGCGUUUGGAGUACAGGCAAAUAGUCUCACAGAGCCGAAUGGAGAGUUCCGGCGUAAUGGAAGAUCCGUAUUCGAGUUCAGUCUUCUGCGAGCGGCGGAGUUCACACUGGUGUUUUUCCUGCCCCAUCUAGUUCCUUUCUUCGGUUUCAAGGUGGUUCCGGCGGAGGCCACACGCUUUCUACGCAAGACCAUCAACUACGUAAUGGCGGAGAGGGAGAAAUCCGGACAAAAACGCAACGAUCUGAUCGACAUCCUAAUCGAGUUCCGAAGGAGCACUCAGCAGGCCAAGGCUUCGGGGAUCAAGGAUCAGUUUGUGUUCGAAGGCGACAUCCUGGUGGCCCAGGCGGUGUUAUUCUUCACCGCCGGUUUCGAGUCCUCCUCCAGUACGAUGGCGUUUGCCAUGUACGAGUUGGCCAAGGAUGCAGAUAUCCAGCAGCGACUAAGGGAGGAGGUCAGGAGUGCUUUGGUUGAAAGUGGUGGACAGGUGACGCUCAAAAUGAUAGAGUCGCUGGAGUACAUGCAGAUGGUCCUGCUGGAGGUGCUGCGAAUGUAUCCACCGCUGCCGUUUUUGGACCGCGAGUGCACCUCUGGAAGGGACCACCCACUGGCUCCGUUCCACAACUUCGUGGUGCCCAAGGGCAUGCCCGUCUUUAUACCUUGCUACGCCCUUCACAUGGAUCCCCAGUAUUUCCCCCAACCCCGAAAGUUCCAGCCGGAACGAUUCUCCCCUGAAAAUAGAAAGCUCCACACGCCCUACACCUACAUGCCCUUUGGCCUCGGUCCGCAUGGAUGCAUCGGAGAACGGUUCGGAAUGAUCCAGACCAAGGUGGGUCUGGUGAAUCUCCUGCGCAACCACCUAAUAACCACAUCGGAACGCACCCCCCAUCGCAUGCAACUGGAGCCCAAGGCCAUUAUUACCCAAUCCAAGGGAGGUAUCCACCUCCGAUUGGUCCGAGAUCCUUUGGGGGUCUAACUCACCUGG